AGAGAGAGAGAGAGAGAGAGAGUAUCUCUAGAGAAAGCUAUAAUCAUGGCCGGAGGAACGGAAGCUUUUCCAGAUUUGGGAAAACACUGUCAACACGAAGAUUGCCAUCAACUUGAUUUCCUUCCCUUCAAGUGCGACGGAUGUCGAAAGGUAUUCUGUUUGGAGCACAAAUCCUACAAAUCCCACGAAUGCCCGAAAUCUGAUCUUAAGAGCAGGAAAGUAGUGGUUUGCGAAAACUGCUCUGUUUCGAUAGAGACGACGGGGAGCAAAGAGGAAGAUGAGAAGGUUGUCUUGGAGAGACAUGAGAAGUCCGGAGACUGCUACCCAUCAAAGAAGAAGAAACCCAAGUGCCCUGUGAAACGAUGCAAGGAGAUACUGACGUUUUCCAACACCAACACCUGUAGAAUCUGUCAGCAAAAGGUGUGCCUCAAGCAUCGGUUCCCCACCGACCACAUCUGUAGAAAGGCGGUCCCUACGGCUGCCGCCCCUGGCACUAACAAGUUCUUACUUGCCCUGGCCACCAGGAAGGUUACCAAUUGCGGGGCAAGCACUGGUUCCUCUAGUGCUAAUUCUGCUCCCCCAUCUGUAAAAGCCUAUUGAGUUGCAAAUAAGAUGAAAGAGACCAUGUAUA